AUGGGUGGUGACAUUUCAAUAACUAAUUUUUCUGAGGCUAAUGAGAAUCCAAGGUCUCAUAAUCUGGGGAUUGAUUUAAGUCUUGCUUUGCAAGCAGAACAAUUACACAACUCUUCGAUGACUAAUGAUGAAAGUGUAAAACCAAAUGUAGGUAAUGGGAAAGUUGAAACCAUGGUCGAUGAAACUUGUAUUAAGGAUAAUGCCAAGGACAAAAAUAUUGCAUUAUCUGAAUUUGUUGUGACAACAACAAAAAGUGGAACUGGUUCUAAUGAAAUUUUGGCUAAUGCUGAAGUAAGCAAUACUGGAUCUAAUGAUACAAGUUUUAAUAAUACUACAGUCAAUACUUCUGUUGUGAAAGAAAACGAUCAAUUUGAAAAAACUGACUCAGUGAAAAUAAUCGCAGAACCAAAUCAGUCUAUUAAAGUACCAGAGCCUGUAGCAAUUCAAUUGAACGGUUUGAUGAACUCUAGUGAAAUCCAGAAUGGCCCAAAUGAAUCGUUACCUCAUCUUUUAACGCUUGCACCAUCUAUUACCGACACAACAACUACGCCAGUGGUUCCAACAAUCACAAAUACAUCUGGAUAUUCUUAUAAUUCUAGUUCUAAUGAAAAUAUUUACAGUAAUAUGAAUGAAUUGGGGAAAAAUGGUAUUAAAUUCAGUGUUUCAGAUACAAUGUUAAAGAGUAACAAGUUACCAAAUAACUCUACUUCGAAACCUCAAUUAUACAAAGAUAUACGGUCAUUUAGUUCUAUGACAAACACUAAUAUCCUUCCUCCCACUUCCAAUGAUAGAACUACUGUGACGGUAAAAAUGUUUCAAAGAAUGGAUGAGUUAAGUGCAAGAAUGAUUGCCAUGGAGGAAAUGUUAGAAAAGUUAUGUGGAAUUAUUGAACAUCAGAAUACUACAAUAACGGAUUUAAAACAAACUAAUAAUAGUUAUUUUGAAAAUGUUACGGAAAGAAUGAACUUAUUCCAAAAACAUUUAGUUGAGUUAAAUACCCAGACUCCAAAUAACGACCAUGAUAUAUUUGCGAUGGAUCUGUUGAAUUCGAUAACAAAUGUUAGCAGUGCAUACUUACGAAAAAUGAAGAGUAAGAACAACUCGACCUCUUCUUCAUCUCAUGCAGUAGGAGCGAUACAUAAAAAACCUGUUAAUAGGAGCUCAUUAACGAAGCAAUUCAGUACACCUGAUCUAUCAAGUGUUGGACAAUCAGGGUUCAAAGGACAAAUAAAUGUCCCUGGAAGGUCGACAUUUACUUUAAAUCCGAAUGGUAUUAAGAGAAGAAAGAAAGUAGUUAAUCAAAAUGAUUUCUUAACUAUAGUUCCUAAAGCCAGUCGUCAAAACCAUUCGAAUACUAAUGUUGUAGAUAAUAAAGUAGACAACAAUUCAAUCACAAAUUCAUAUCCUGAUAUUUCAUCAUUGAACAGUUUCAGUACAGUUAGUUUGCCAAAUUUAACUUUGGAGAACACUGGAAUCACUCCUCUUAUCAAGGGUUCUAAUGGUCAUAUGUUCGAGCAUCCAAACAGCCAUCCGACUUCAAGGGUGCCAACACCAUUACUACCAGUAGCAGCUUCUUUUAAUCCGCUGGAAACAGCUUUGAAUAGAAAAGUGAGUAAGAAACAAAAGCCAUCAUCUGGAUCAGAAUCGAAUAAUGAGCUGAUUAUUGAAAAUCAUGAUGAUGACGAUGAUGAUGGGUAUCAAGAAGAUGAUGACGAUGAUAAUGAUAAUGAGAACGAAAACGAUAACGACUUCGAAAAUGACCGCGCCAGGAAAACUGAGGUCGAUCCAAAAAAGAAGUCGUCAACAACAAUUGAAAAUACAACUAAUACUGACAAGACAUUGAAAUCAAUUGGGUUAUCGAUGACAAGAUCUGUUUCAAAAGGUGAAAAGGCAGAUAAAGAUCAAAAAUCACAUACUGAAGCAGAACAUAACGAUUCCGUCGAGGAGUCUUCUGAGGCCUUGAAUUAUACGUUAUUGAAAGCACCAAGUAGUGUUAGAACUAUUUGGGAAGAAUAUGUCCAUGGUAAAGAAGGUUGUCCAUCUGUGAAACAGCUAGAAGAAAAAUACGGUAAUAAAUGGAGGGUCGAUAAAAAUCGUAAAACUUUUGCAAGAAGGAAAAGAUUGUAUAAAUUCAUUCUAAAAGGUAUCGAGAAGGGAAAUACUGCUGAUGAAAUGAUACGAAUUUUAGAAGAUAGAAGACUAUAUCGUGAUGAGAAGGGAAACCUGAAACGUAGAACGAUAGGUUGGUUACAACAAAGUCUUUCAGGAACAUAA